CAAACUGCAUUUCCUUCUUUCUCCCUCUAUAUGCCUAAAUUCACAGUAUACAUUUUCAUUUUUUGGUAAUUACAUUCUCACAUAAAAACCUCACUUGCCUCUACAAAACCACAACAAAAAAACAAGAAUACCACCAAAAUACUCUGCCUUCUGUUAUUCAACAAUUUGUUACCAAAAAACCCUAUUAAAGUUUUUUACUACUAUCUUUUUCUCUACUCUUCCUCUCUCUCACCACUUUCUUCUUUUGUUCCAUUUCAGACUCUUUUUCUCCAAAUGGGUCUGUUUCAAUAGGCCUUUCUACACACAUUUCUACUCUUAGAAUUCCAUAUUUACAUGUAUAAAUAAAAAUUGUGUCUUUGCACAAAAAGGGGUUGCUUUAAUUUAUCAGAAUUAUAGAAUUCUAGUAUUUUCUUGCUAUUUUUGAGCUUAUUUAAUUUACUAAGAUCACUCAAAUCUCAGAUAUUUACAUACAAUAAUAAAGAUUGUGUUUUUUCAUCAAAGGGGUUGCUUUAAUCUAUUGGAAUUUUAGAAUUCUAGCAUUUUCUUGAAAAUUUUGAGCUUUUUUUGUUUUGUGAGUUUGAGGUUUUCUUUACUAUUUCAAUGGCUGCUGGUGCAAAAGAAGUGUGUGGUGAGACAGCAGUGAUUGAAGCUCCUGCUGUUCAAUCUCUGUCACCAAACACUGACAAUAAUAUUAUUUCUGAAUCUAAUAAUGGUUGUGUUAAGGAAUCUGAUCCAAUCCCAAAUGCAAAAUCUGAAUAUCAAAUGCAAGAUAUUGUUGACAUGUUGAAAAAACUCAAGUUGAAUCCAAUGGCUAAGGAAUUUUUCCCUUCUUCUUAUAGUAAUAAUAAUAAUAAUAAUAAUCGCGGUGAUCAGAUGCUUCUCAUGAGUAAUUUUGUGCCAGCUAACAAGACUCCUUUAGGUGCUGAUGGUUUGCAAAAUAACAGAAGGAGAGGCAACAACUAUAACCAAGGCAAAAGGAGAAUGAACAAUAGAGCUUACAAGGCUCAAAGAGAAGAUAGCAUCAGGCGAACAGUAUAUGUCGCUGAGAUAGAUAAUAACGUCACCGAAGAGCAGCUUGCUGCGUUGUUUAGUGCUUAUGGACAAGUUGUUGACUGCCGAAUUUGCGGUGAUCCCCAUUCCCGUCUUCGUUUUGCUUUUGUGGAGUUCGCUGAUGAAUCAGACUCUGCGAGAGCAUCACUUAGCCUUUGUGGGACAAUAUUAGGUUUCUCUCCACUGAAGGUCCUACCCUCGAAAACUGCUAUUCUACCCGUGAAUCCAACAUUUCUUCCAAGGUCGGAGGAUGAGCGCGAGAUGUGCGCCAGGACAGUCUACUGUACAAAUAUCGAUAAGAAGGUUACUCAGGCGGACGUCAAGAACUUUUUUGAAACAAGAUGUGGUGAGGUUUCUCGUCUGAGGCUUUUGGGGGAUCACGUGCACUCAACCCGCAUUGCUUUUGUUGAGUUUGUAAUGGCUGAGAGUGCAAUUUUGGCAUUAGACUGUUGCGGGGAGAUAUUAGGAUCCCAACGCAUCAGGGUGAGUCCUUCAAAAACACCAGUGAGGCCACGACUUCCCCGUGCCAUGAUGCAGUAACCGAUGCUAUGGAAAGAGUUCAGGAAAGCCCUCUUGGAAGACUUGAGGUCACCAUGGGAAGGCGAAACAUAAUUCUGUUUCAGCAAUUUCCAUCUUUCUUUUUUUUUUUUUUCUGUUCUGCCAACACAGUAACUUUAUUGGUACUGAACAUGGCAUUACCUUUGCGAUUAACGAACUACUUAUCGAGAAUAUCCCUACCUUUAGUAUUGUUAGCUUGAUCAGUCAUUUUCUUAUGAAUCUCAUGCUGGUUGAAUGCCGGUUCAUAAUUUGAUCUUUCGUCUC